CAGCUUCAUAAAAGGAGGGUCACCCGCCCCUUUAUUUCGCCAGUCACAGAAUACACCAAGAAAAAAUAAAAAUAAAAAUUGGUUUACUCUUUCUUUUUUUCUUUUACACUGCAAAUGCACAAACGCAAGGAAGCACCCACAGUCAAAGUUGAAGAGAGAAACAAAAAGACACAAUCGAUUGUAGGAGUUGAAGCGUGGAAACUUGUAUUUAACGAUGCCCGACAAGCAUUCACAGACAACCAAUUCAAGGAGGCCGUUGCAUUAUUUACGCGAGCCCUGACUUUGAACCCAAACCACAUUACUUUGUUGGAUUGUCGUGCAGCUUCCUAUGAGAAACUGGACCAGACCAAACUAGCUCUCGCAGAUGCUGCCACUAUCGUUAAAUUAGCACCCACGGACCCUCGUGGCUAUUUACGAGGUGGAAAACUCUUUGCAAACCAGAAAAAGUAUUCUAAAGCCUUGGGCCUUUAUAACCGCGCUUUACAGAAAGUCGAUCCUGUAGACCCUCGUUAUAAACUCAUUGUGGAUUUAAAAAGCAAGGCAGAAAAGGCCUCGAAACCACCGGCCUCCAUGAACAUGAUGGAUAGAUUACCUUACGAUGUUAUUGGUCUCAUAUUCUCUUACUUAUCCUUUGAUCGUCGAGUACAAUGUUCUGCCGUAUCCCAGAGUUGGCGUCGCUUUGCUUUACAGUGGGCAGGCAUGUGGCGUCAUUUAGACUUUGAGAAUAGAAAACCCACACUAAACAUCAUUCGAAAAUAUCUCGGCUAUGCAAAAGGUCGUCAUGUCCGUGGCUUCGCACUUCACAAUGCUAGUCAAACCACACUUCAAAAUGUAUUCAAAGGCCUGGUAGAUGAAAAUUGCCAAUAUAUAGAAACGCUGGAUUUCAGGAGAUGUGAUAUUUUACUUAUUUCAUUAGCAAGGAUGUUGAAAGUGAUUGGAAAACAUGUCGAAUAUCUCAACUUGGAUCAUACAAAUCUCACUGUGUCUAAUAUACUGGAUGUUGUGAUUCCAAUGUGUCCCAAAUUAACACACUUGUCCAUCCUCGGACUCACGGCAGGUCAGGAAUAUGCAAAGACAGAAUACCCUUUACUCAACCUGACUUACAUACGCUGCAACAUCUUUGCCGAUAAGCUCAUCCGACUCAGUCCCCAUCUAGUGACGAUUGAUGUUCAUUCGAAUAGCACGUACUUUCAUCAUUUUUAUAAUGGGAUUGUAACGACGCAUAAAGAGUUGGAAACCUUGCAUUUUAGUUACGGGCAUACAUCUGAGAAAAUAGGGUGGUCACCCAAUUCAUGCGUGGUAUCCCAACGUAAAGGCAUCUUGAAUUUUGGUAUCUAUGAAGAUCGUUUCUUCAACGCCAAUGUCUUACAAUCCUUUUUGAUUGAAAACCCUCAUUUACAACAAUUAACUGUCGUGGGCUGUGGUCCUGAUAUCGGGACCGGGAUUGAAACGGUGGUGACACAGGGUGCAUUCUUAUCUCAGUUAGUAGGGAUCCAUUUAUUUAAUUGUCCAUCCUUGACCGAAACGGGUUUGCAUCAUUUGGUGGUCGCUUGUCCUUCUCUCCAGGCUGUGUCUGUUCCCAGACUUUUGUCCGUGACAGAUGCCUUUAUGCAGGAUGUGGCAACCCGUACCUCGAUUUUAAAAAAGUUGGAUAUUUCAGAUUGCAGUGCAGUGACGGGCGUGGGUCUUCAAAAUUUAGUACGCGCUCAUAAACAUCAUCUUCAGAAAUUAGUAUUAAAUAACUGUCAGAGAAUCAGUCCAGAUGCUGUCAAGUGGGCUGUCGAGCAACUCGGUCCACGUGUUAUCGAAUGUAAAUUCAAGUAUAAAUAAAGUAGCAGCAUAUAGUAAACCAUCUUUUUUUAUGUCUCACUGAAUUCAAAUUAAUACACCUUUUUUUGGUGGAUGAGUUGAGACAUCAGUAAAGCUACAUUAUAACUCACAGUCGCUAUAUCUUUUACAGUACACAUACAUUACUAGUUUUAAUCUCGUAAAGUUACACCCGUUGGCUUUUACUACCCGAUCCAACGCAAGGCCUAUGUGCAUGUGUUGCACAUUUUUAGGAUGUUAUCUGGACUUGAAAUAUUGACACUAUUGU